CGUGGACUUCUUUCCACUCACCCCCUCCAGCCCCAAUGCCACACAGAGGUGCCAAGGAGGAACAGCACUGUAGUCUACGAGCCCUGCCCUAGACGCCGACUCCACCUUCCCCCAGAAAAGCCCACCCAUUCCUAAACCUACCCCAGAAACAAAGCAUGCCACGAGGUUCCCACCCCGCACAGCAGCCCCCCGCAGCACACGAGAAACGUCUGUGCAUUAGCCCCAAGUCAAGGCGCGAAGCGACCACCAUCCGAGGACAGCGCUGCGAGCUUGCGCAGCCCCCCGCGGAGACGCUGUGCACGCGCAGGCGGUGUCGCUCGCAGGUGCCCGGUCCCCGGACCCGCCCCUGGCGACGCGGGGCGUCCCUAACGACAGCCGCGGCGCUGGGGGACUGCGGGAAGGUGAGCGCCCAGGCACCGGGAGCGGGUUCCCACCAGCACCAAGAACCUGCCAGUGUCCAGUGUGAGAAACUUCCUGUCACAGGGCCAUCACCAAGGGACCACCUGCUUCUAUGUUGCCAGUCUACAACAUGGAGGAAACCCUAACACCACCGUCAGUGUCAGCCCCUAGCCAGUCCUCAGUCGUCACCCAGGACUGGGCCUCCACUGUAGGCCAGGCUUCGAGCACAGGCCCACAGCCAUCAAAACCCUCAUUUAUCCCACCCCCGCUGAAGUCAAAGGGCCGGAAUUCUGGGGCCAAUGUACGUUGGAUGCGCAGGAUCAUCGCUGAGGAUGCUGAGUGGUCACUGGCCAUCGUGCCUCUCCUCACAGAGCUCUGCAUUCAGCACAUUGUCAGGAACUUCCAGAACAACCCUGUCCUGAAGCAGCUGCUCCCAGAGCACCAGCAGAAGGUCCUGAACCACCUGUCCCCUGACCUGCCUCUGGCUGUGACCGCCAACUUGAUCGACAGUGAGAACUACUGGCGCCGCUGCUGCACGCAGCGCUGGCCUGUGUGCCAUGUGGCUGAGUACGGCGGCAGCUGGAAGCGCAUGUUCUUUGAGCGUCACCUGGAGAACCUGUUGAAGCACUUCAUCCCAAGCACCACGGCCCCUGCCGUCAUCCUUGACCUGCUGCCACUCUGCAGAAACUACGUGCGCAGGCUCCGCGUGCAUCAGUUCCUUCCUCCCGUGCAGCUCCCAUCCCUGCCCAGGAGCAGGGAGCAGACUGACUCAGGCAGUGAGGGAGAGACAGAGGAGCCCGUCAUGGACCACUACCAACUGAAUAACCUGGUGGCUGGCCUGAGCCAUCUGGAGGAGCUGGAUCUGGUGUACGGUGUCAAGGACUGUGGCAUGAACUUUGAAUGGAACCUCUUCCUCUUCACCUACCAAGACUGCCACUCCUUGGCGGCCACCAUCAAGGCAUGCCACACCCUCAAGAUCUUCAGGCUGACCCGAAGCAAGGUGGAUGACGACAAGGCACGCAUUCUAAUUCGCAGCCUCCUGGACCACCCUGCCCUCGAGGAGCUGGACCUGUCGCACAACCUCAUUGGGGACCGCGGUGUGCGUGCUGCUGCCAAGCUGCUGAGCCACAGCCGCCUGCGUGUGCUCAACCUGGCCAACAACCAGGUGCGUGCACCUGGCGCCCAGUCGCUGGCUCACGCCCUGGCACACAACACCAACCUCAUUUCCCUCAAUCUGCGCCUCAACUACAUUGAGGAUGAGGGUGGCCAAGCACUUGCUCACGCCCUGCAGACCAACAAGUGCCUCACCACGCUGCACCUCGGCGGCAACAAGCUGUCUGAGCCCACUGCCACACUCCUCUCCCAGAUGCUUGCUAUCAACACUACGCUCACCAGCAUCAACCUGUCCUGCAACCACGUCGGGCUGGUGAGCACCACUUCUGGGGCAGGCAGGGCCCAGGAGGGGCCCCAGGGCCUUGGGGGUGGAGAUAGAAUCCAUCUGCCAUGGGAUAGUCACGGGGAUGGCGGGAAGCAGCUCCUGGAAGGCAUGUCAGAUAAUAGGACCCUCCUGGAGUUUGACUUGCGCCUCUCAGACGUAGCCCAGGAAAGCGAGUACCUCAUUGGCCAGGCCCUCUGUGCCAACCGUGAAGCAGCCCGCCAGCAGGCCUUGAAUCCCAGCCACUUCAUGUCACCAAUCAUUGCCAAGAGCCCUGAGAACCCUGCGGGAUAAGAUGGGGGACAGGACUGGGGCAGCAACCAGACUGGGGCCACUGCCCCAGCCCCAUCCCUCAUUUCAUGCCCCUGCCAUGCCUGCUGCAGAGUGUCACACUGGUCCAGGGAAAGGGGUGAGGGGGAGACCACAAAUAUCCUUGGGGUGUGGAAAAAGAUGUGAGGAGAGGGAAGGGCCCAGGUGGGGAAAAUGGGGUAUGAAGGGAGAGGAUAUUACCGGACCCCCUGAAGUGACCGAUUCUUCCAGAAGUAGGGAAGGCACAGAGGACUGAGUGACUGUGCCUGCCCAGGGGUCCACCCAUCUCCCUGACUCCCCUCGCCACCAUUUUCCUCUCUCCUGAACAGAUCUUUGACCUCUUUCAAACACACACACACACACUCUCCUCUCUCUCCCUGUCAUCUGGCCACAGCAGAGCUUUGCCUGGCUCUUUGACCCCAGACCUGUUACUUGACUCUGCUUAAGUGAUCCAGUUCUACAGGCCCUGUCAUACCCUAAUCCUCCCCCCAACCCUGCAACCUGGGAAGGGGGAAAGAGGUGAUAGGAGGGGCUCAGACCCAGUGGUCUCCCCAGAGAGCUUCUCAUGGGAGGGCAAGAUGGUGGGGAAGUGCCAUGCUGGGAAAGCAAGUCAGCGAGUCAUCCACAACUUUAUUGUCCAUCAGUUUGAUUUGUACAAUCUUUGCGCUUGGAAAUCUACGACAGAAAGGCCACAGUGUGAUGCACCCAAUUGACAGAGACCUGUCUUUUCCCCAGCCAGGCCCAGCCCACCCUGCAAGCCCUUAUCCCCAGGAUACAUGAAGCCCUCCAGGUGCCCUCCACAAUUCCUGUCACUCUGUGGCUGCCCACCCUGGGGCCACAACCACAGGAAUCACACUAACCCACAGGGCCCUGAGAGGACCUGACUGAGGCAUUCAGGCUGAGCCACCUCUCCCACCCUCCUCGGGCUGAGGAGCCCAGAACCUCCAGCCCUGUGGUGUUUCCACAGUCUGGGUUAUGGGCUGCAACCACAGCCUAGGGGUGCCUGCUAUCUGGGGACUCUUUCCAACAAGCAGGCUCUGAGUGGAGCACCAAAGGGGACUUGGGAGUGACUGCACGUGUGUGCCUGUCGGGGCAACCUAGAGUCUGUCUGUGUCUGACACCCUCUGACAGUUCUGGAGUGAAAACGUGUAGAUGUGAGGGUAUGUGUGAGUGUGUAAGUGUGUGUGUACAUAGCCACAGCUGCUAGCAGAGGUUCUAAUUAAAGAAACAAGAACAUUCAGCGUGAAGUUUAAUUUUAGAGAUUAAUUAAUUUUCUGGUUUUCAUUUUCCCUGGCAAUCAAUAAAGCUAUCAAGAAAAUAGACCAAAGAAUUGGUUUCUCUAAGUCUGUGCAUGUGUGGGAGGUGAGGCUGUCUGAGGAGAGCUAGGCAGAAAUGGUCAAUCCAGGCAAAAACAAGAGAGGCCCUCCUCUCCCCUCCUCCCUGCUCAG